GAUAUCUAGUUUUUUUGUCGGUAAAUAAAGAGCAGGACAUUUUUUAGAACUUUUUGCAUCUAUGUGUUGGAAGUAAUUCAGCUCUCUUAAAUGAGUUUGGACUUUAAAUUUAUAGAAAAAUAAUCUUCUGUAUGCUGCACGUUGAACUUAUCAACUUGUAAAUAGCAUAAAACAAUAGUUUGACCUAGGUGGUAAAUCCUCAAUGAUGGAGGCUGAAUAUUGGUUUAGAAAUCUAAAGAAUUCCUUUCACUCCUUAAUACCAUAUGGGGUGUGUCAAAAUUUUUUGGAAAAAACAUUAGGAGAAAUAGAAAAAGAAUUCACAUGGCUGGACGAAAUUGUGGAAGAGGCAUACCAUAUGUUUUCUGUCAAAAGCACCAAGCUAUCCCAGAUGCCAAAGACCCCAUGUCAAAAGAAGCCUGGACAAAAAAGGCUUAGAAAGAACAGAGUGUCAAAUAUUGAAGAGAAAGAAGAAAUAUUUUCUCCUCUACUACCAAAGAAGCUGAAGCUAGAAACUCAAAGUCCAGAUGUACAGAUUGAAAAGAAACCUGUUUGCAACACACGUCCUUUGCGUAGUUGUAAGAGUAUUUUUAAAGCAACACAACCAGGAUCAGAGCUCGCCUUAAAACAAGUUCCAAGUCCCAAGCUGGAUAAAAAUGACAUAAUUUCAAAUGAAACCAUGACUAAAAUGUCAGGACAAAAAUCAAAAAGUCUUGCGGAUAAUAAUAGUGUUGAUGUUCUAACAACAGUUGAGGACCUAAUCUCAAAAAGGUUAGAAUUGAAAAGUCCAAGUGUUAGGGAAAGGACCAUUGUCUUUGAGAAUUUGAUUAAAAAUAGUGUCACCAAACAAAUAGUUAAAACUCCCAAGUGUGCACCACCUGGAGAUAAUGUCACACCUAAGGCAUGUAAACCUGACUCAGCUAAAAUGAAAGUUAGUAGAGUAGAUAAUCUAGUUAUUGUUGAUCCAUCACCACAGAAACAAGUCAGUAGAUUUUCUCAGUUACGACAGUCUGCUAGAUCCAGCCAAGGACAGUCUUGUCAGCAUUCCAAGGAGAAACAAGUCAGGUCUAAAUCCCAUAGAGUCGACAGUGGCAUUCAGUCUGAAAAAGGUAGUGAUGAUGACACAAACAAAGAAAAAGAAAGCCCACAAAUAGUUGAGGCUAAGGUUGAAUUUAAGAUGAAAGAAUCACCUAACAGUAUUUAUCAAAAGCAGCCAAUAGCCUAUGAAAGAACACUCCUUACAGACAAAAUGGAUGGAGAGCCAGAGGAAAUGACCAGCUCACCAAUGAAUACUACUUAUCAUAAAGAUUGUUUUGACACACCCCAAUGUGAACCUAAAGUGACAAGGAGCAGAGCUCGCUUAGAGCAAACCAAAAGUGUCAACAAUCAAAUCAGUAGUCAAAAUGCAAAACAGCUACAUCAAAAAAGACUAACAAUGGAUUUGGAUAGGCCAACAUUAUGUUCCUCUCCAGUACAACAUGUUGACUCUCUACCGUUGCCAUGUGAAGUGGAGAAAGCAAAAACUGUCAAACUCACAGACUGUUGCAGUGAUGAUGAAGUUAUUGCUGGUUCACCUGCAAUACAACUACCCCGCUCUUCUAUAAGACCAGGAAAGAAGCGACAUGUUGAAGAAAGAGGACUGUCUCCAUGCCCUAAACGAUUCAAUUGUGGGAAGUCAAAGGUUGGACCGAGCUCUGAUACUCCAUUGUUAUCAUCAUCACCUAUAAAGAAUGGUGGUGCAGUAAGAAAUGAGAAUGAAAGUUUCCUGUCCCCCAUACAGAGUCCCAGGGCUUUUAAAUUUAGCAGUGCUCAAAAAAAGACAUCGGGAUUCUUAAAUCGAACUCCAGGUUUUGGGAUGAACACAAGCAAGUUGUAUAGUUUCCUCAAUAACUCAGUCAAUCGUACAAAUGGUAUCACCACAUCUUUUCUCAAAAAGUCUAAUACUCCUAAACCAACGUCACAAAUAAGUUUAGAGCAGAAAAAGAUGUUGUUACUUGAAAAAGAAAACCGUGAAAAAGAGAAAGUGAAAAAAGCUGCAGAGAUGAGAAGAAACAGAAUUGAGGAAAAGAAAAGAAUAAGAGCAGAAAAAGAGCGCAAAGUAGCUGAAGCUAGAGAGAUGAAGAUACAGUUGGAAGAAGAACUAAAGGAAAAAAUAAAUAGGAAGGCAGAAGACAAAAAUGUUCUCACUGAAAAGUUAAUGGAGAAGCGGCUCAAUGAGGAGAAAGGAAAGCAAAAGCUAAGACUAAAGAGACAUAUGGAUGUUGAUGCAAGAAGAAAACAAGAAGAAGAGGAGCGCUUAAAAAAAUUAAUUGAACAGGAAGAGAACACAAAGUUGCAAGAAGAAUAUCUUCAGAAGAAAAAGAAAAUUGAGGAUGUAGAAAAAAAAAGAUUAUUAGCUGAAGAGAAAAAAAAGCAAGCUCAAAGAUUAGCAGAAUUGGAAACAAAGAGACAGGAAGCAGCCAGACUCUUACAAGUUGAAAAAGAGAAAAAGGAUUUAUUAAAGGUUGAAGAAAAGGACAAUAAAAUGAAGAUAAAAGACUCAAAACAGCUUGACAAAACAUGUGCACAAAGCAGUAAGACUGUGACAAGUUACCAAAUAACUCCAGCCAAAUCAAAGAUAAAUUUAAAUGAGCAAAGGGAUCCAGAAAAUUAUGAUAUAGAGGACAAGGUAUCUGAUGAUUCAACAGAUGAUGAGGAGGCACCUAAAAAAAGGAUACCUGAAUGGGCAACAGGUACCCAGCUGAACACAGCAUUAAUCAAACAACACUGUAAUCCUCCUGAUCUAGAAGAAAUAUUCCACAUCAGUUCUAUUCAAAUACCUAAUGACUUAAGAGUGCUCUUCCCUGGGAAUAAAAACAAAAAGUUUAGACCUAGAACUAGCUCAGCAGUGUGGACCUCACCUUUACUCAAACAUUGACCGUAAAACUAAACCUCAGGACAUAUUUUUGUUUUAUUAUAUUGACACCAGUACACUAAUCUACAUAUAAAUUUUAGUUGUCAGACAUGUAAUUCUCAAUAGCAUGAAUCAAGCUUUUAAAUGAAUCUCUGUAAAUAGUGUACAGUGUUUUGCCCAUCCAAAAGUCAUCACAACCAGUAUCCUUAUUAUAUUAAUAUUUUUAAUUUUACAAGUUUUAAAAUCUAGGGGGGGGGGGGGGAGACUAGUUAAUUGUAACAACUUCAAAAACCUGUUAAAAUAAUCUUUUCCUUUUUUUUUUACUUUAACUAGUGUUAUUUAUCCUUUUUUUUAAAUAUAUAUACGUUGUUAAUUAAAUGCGUAAAGUACUGAAUUCUAAUUUUAUUUGACACUUUUAACUCUGCAACUAUUGAGCAUUUUAGCAAGCAGCAUCAAAUAUCUUCAAAAUUUGAGGGUACAUUUCUUAUUGGUGACAAGCUGUCUUCAGAAAUGCUCUCUUUUAAGAUGCUUUGAGUCAAUAAUAGAACUGAUGAAGUUUGCAUUUUAGAAGUCUUAUUUUUUUUUUUUAAAUAUUUACAUUUUUAAUUGUUUGUGAAAUUUAGAGCAGUGACAUUAUUUUGUUUGUAAAUGAUUUCACAUAUUGUAUAGGUUUUUUAUUUUUAGAGUUAUGCCUUUUAAUAGUUGACCCUACUAGUGCAAGCAGUGUUCAAUUAAAAGAUUUUAAACAC